AUCAGGUCUUAUAAAUGUCAUUCUUUUCUCGUGAAUAGGGCAAGGGGGAAAAAAAGGCGAACCCUAGACAGAACGAUCGAGGGUUUCUCCGCUCUCCACCGCUGCUCCCCUCUCCGCGUCGGCUAAUCGAAAUGGCGGAUUCUUCACGGGGGAAGUACUCUCAUUCACUGUCUCCAUAUCGUGGUCAUUCCAAAUCAAGAUCUCCUAGGGGUUUGUCUCACUCAAGGUCUCGGUCUCCACUUAGGGGUCGGGCAAGAUCUCGAUCUAGAAGUCGGGACAGGGAGGCAGCAAAUUUUGGAAAUACUCUUUAUGUAACUGGCCUUUCAUCCAGGGUUACAGAAAGGGACUUGGAACAUCACUUCUCCAAGGAAGGAAAGAUUGUGGGAUGUCACCUGGUUGUUGAACCGCGUACACGUGCUUCUCGUGGCUUUGCAUUUGUGACUAUGGACAAUGUAAAAGAUGCUGACCGUUGUAUCAAAUACCUCAACCAAUCAAUCCUGGAAGGACGUUAUAUAACAGUCGAGAAGUCGAGGAGGGGGCGAGCACGGACACCAACACCUGGAAAAUACCUUGGUGUGGCCAGCACAAGAGAUGGUCGCCGAGGUGAGCGAGAUAGAUAUUUUGGAGGCUACAGCCGUGAUGACUAUGGUGGUGGUUACCAGAGAUCUCCUAGGCACUCUCCUUAUCGUGGUGGCCAUGAAUACUCGCCUCAGAGAUCACCUUAUUAUGAUAGCAGGUACAGAAGAGGACGAUCGAGGUCAUUUUCUCCUUAUGGUUAUGGCAGCCCACCCAGAGCAUCCUAUGGGCGUCGUGUGAAUGGCUAUCCUCGAUAGGAGAAUAGGUUGAGGCCUGGACUUAAACCGGGUCAUUCUGCUGUUUAAUUAUGUUUAAACUUCAGAGACUAAUGUUGUUCUCUAGAGUAUAACGACAAAUAUGUUAGAUGAAAUUUGAUACUCCUGAAAAAUAUGGCUUGUGUUAUUUUGGACUUAUUCGUAGUAAAAAUAGUUUGUCGGCCUGAAA